AUGCAGUUUCCACCAUCUCUCAACCGCCUCCUCGUCCUCGCACUUGCUGCAAUUCUCGUCACCGAGGCGCACCCAAUCGGCCCAAGUAUCGAGGAGAGGCAAAUCCUUGGCCUACCAAUUGACCUCCCUCUCCUCAGCUUGCUCCUCCCCGGCUUAUUUACGCCCCCGGGGCUCCCAAUCCCAGGAGUCCCAGUCCCCGGCCUCCCAGUUCCGGGUGUCCCAGCCCCGGCCCCUCCAGCUCUUCCCGCACCGCCAGCUCUUCCUGCACCCCCGGCACCCCCCGCGUUUCCAGCGUUGCCUGCAUUCCCUGCGGCUCCUGCUAAUCCUGCGCUCCCAAUUCCCAUACCGCGAUGA